CCCGCGCACCCGGCGCACCAGCAGUCGGCGCUGCACCACCACCACCACCAGCAGCAGAGCUUCUCCACCAUUUUUCCCACAUACCUAGGAAUGGACCGCUCCUCCGGUUGCGGCGGAGGCGGCGGUCUGGGCGGAGUGGGCGUGGUCACAAGUUCGGCCACCGCCCUCGGGCCGGGUGGUUUGACCAACGGCGGUGGCGGCGUGGUCAGUGGUGCGCUGAACGGACUGGAAGCCAUGUCCGCGGAGUCCACGGGCCUGUGCCUGCAGGAUUUGGUGAGUGCCGGGACGGCAAACGGGGCAGGAUCCGCGGGAUCGGCGGAGAGCGCCACCACCACUAGCACAGCUCUGAGCAGCGGCAGCACCGGAAGCUCGACGGUCAACGGGGGCGGCAGCAGCACUUCCGGCACGGAGCACCUGCACAGCCACCACAGCCUGCACGACUCCAGCUCCUCCGUGAGCAUCUCCCCCGCCAUCUCGAGCCUGAUGCCCAUCAGCAGCCUGAGCCACCUGCACCACUCCGCUGGCCAGGACCUGGUGGGCGGCUACUCGCAGCAUCCGCACCACGCGGUGGUGCCGCCGCACACGCCCAAGCACGAGCCGCUCGAGAAACUCAGAAGCUUGUUCUUUUCAGUUUGGGCCGAAACCGGCGAUUUCCGUGAUAGUCAUAGCUCCAUGACCGCCGUAGCAAAUAGUUUGGAUAGCACCCACUUGAACAACUUUCAGACGUCAUCAUCGACAUCCACGUUAACGAACCGGAGUCGGGAUCGCAAAGAUGGCAAUCGCAGUGUAAACGAGACCACGAUCAAAACCGAGAACAUAUCAAGCUCGGGUCACGAUGAGCCGAUGACUACCAGUGGCGAGGAGCCGAAGAACGACAAGAAGAACAAAAGACAGAGGCGCCAGAGGACGCACUUCACGUCGCAGCAGCUCCAGGAACUGGAGCACACCUUCAGCCGGAACAGAUAUCCGGACAUGUCCACCCGCGAGGAGAUCGCCAUGUGGACCAAUCUUACAGAGGCUCGCGUCAGGGUGUGGUUCAAGAACCGCCGGGCCAAGUGGCGCAAGCGGGAGCGCAAUGCGAUGAACGCGGCUGUGGCGGCCGCGGACUUCAAGUCGGGAUUCGGCACCCAGUUCAUGCAGCCCUUCGCGGAUGACUCGCUGUACAGCUCGUAUCCGUACAACAACUGGACCAAGGUGCCCUCGCCGCUGGGCACCAAGCCCUUCCCGUGGCCGGUGAACCCACUGGGCUCCAUGGUGGCGGCGGGCAAUCAUCACCAGAACUCGGUGAACUGCUUCAACACGGGCGCGAGUGGAGUGGCGGUGAGCAUGAACAAUGCCUCGAUGCUGCCGGGAUCGAUGGGCUCCUCGCUGAGCAACUCGAGCAACGUGGGGGCGGUGGGCGCCCCCUGUCCGUACACUACCCCCGCCAAUCCGUACAUGUACCGCUCCGCCGCCGAGCCCUGCAUGAGUAGCUCGAUGAGCUCGAGCAUCGCCACCCUGCGGCUGAAGGCCAAGCAGCAUGCCUCCGCGGGAUUCGGCAGCCCCUACUCCGCCCCCUCGCCAGUUUCCCGCUCCAACUCCGCCGGGCUGUCCGCCUGCCAGUACACCGGCGUGGGGGUGACGGACGUCGUCUGAGAAAACGCCCUGGGUGCGCUGCUCAACCAGCACCAGCACCACUUGCAGCACUUCUCGCAGGGAUCGGGGGUGCAUCCGAACGGCAUGCAGCAGCACUCCUCCGCCGGCGGCAACUACUCCGACCUGGGAUUGGGGGCCAAUCACCAUGCCGACGAUCACAGCCACAGUUUGGAGGGCAGCAACAAGUCCCCCCUGGAGGCGCCCCUGGCCAACAGCAGCAGCAACAACAACAACAACGACAACGAUGACGAGGACAUCAUCGAUUGAAGAUAUCAUAUGAUAUGAUAUGAAGAAGAGAAAUCAAACUAAGCGGCAGCGUUAGCCCUAAGCAUUCAUAAAUAAUUUUAGAUGUUUGCCUAAACUAAAGAUAAAUAUUAUAAAAAACGAAGAAAGCCCUAUCCAAAGAUACAAUUUUUUGAAGAACAAUAAUUAAAUUUACUCCCUUUCGUUUGCAUUGAGAUUAAAUGCCAGUUCGCCCCCCAAAAAAAUUCAGAAAUUAAGUGUUUUUGUAAAUAAAAGCAAAUAUCUAGUUUAUAAGAAAAGGCAAAACACCCUAAACUAAUCAAGCCAAAAAUAGCCAGCCCAAAGAACAUAUAGUCGCUCCUAGUUCCACUUUCAGUUCCCCCAUCGUAUAUAUCGUAUAUAUAUAAACCAGAAACGUAUCAAGAUUGUAAAACAGCCAAGGCGAAAAAAUAAAGAAAACUAAAGCUAAACUAUAUAUCAGAAGUAGCCGUUUUUAAGGAGUUGUCUAGUCGUAUAGAGAUCCGCAUAUGGCAUAUACCCAGUACUGUCUGUAUAUGUACCAUGUAUAUCCCCACUAAAGAGCCCCGUAUAAAUAUAAAUAAAAACUAUUUAAUAAUUGUACACUUAAUAUUACUAGUUAUAGAAAUUGAAUCAAAAGAACAAUAAAAAGUAUGGAAAAAAACCGCACGCACA